GUGAACGCACGAGAGCAGGGUGGAAAAUCAGGUCCCUUUUUUAAGGGAAACCCCCAAUUUUUCGGCUUCUUUUCGCCCCGAGAUCGCACGAUCUCGCAUAGGCCAGGACCGGGCUGGGGUUCGUGUUUCGUUUCGUUCCGUUCCGGGCGCUCCUUCGCUCCGUAAGACGUUACUACCAACGCUGGCGUGUUUGCCAGAAAGUGUGCGGCUGUUUAUCUCUUUUUUCUUCCUUUGGUUUCCUUUGGAGGUGUCUCCAGCCCCCCUCCCGGGCAAAGGGCGGCCAACGCACGAACGAAUGCGCGUUCGCGCGAAAAGUUUCUUGCUGCCGAGCCUUGCGAGCAUAGCCCCGCGUGGUUUUGGCGUGUCGACGGACCGACCGUGGAGCAGCCCAGAGGUUGGCUCAGGUUUUAUUUAUGCAAAGAUUUUAACCGUUAACGGACGUGUCGCACGCACGCACAUCGCGAUCUUUGGUAUUUCGCGCCUCUCUAAAGUUCCACUAAAUUUGCGUUACUCGAGGGAUCUUAGGUUCGUAUUCGUCAACUCGUGGUUGUCACGUGAUCGGUGGUUUGUAGCGGUUUUUUUUCUGUUCUCCAACAGCCCGUACGGGAUGGGUUGUUCCCACUGGAAAACGGUCAAAUUCAAAGUCCAACCCCCGGCAGAUGCUCAGCAGAAUGCCGGCUCCCUAACGACGAUGCUUUCGCGGGAAACCCACAGCUCGCCGGUGCUCGUUCUCGAGCGCCAGCUGCGGCUACGUGUCGGUCAGCUGAAGCUGGUCGACCGUACACCGGCCAUCGGCAACGGCGGACCGGACCCGAACGGACGGCUGCUGCCGGUGGCGUGUCCCGAUCGUUGGCUCCGGUCGCUACUGUAGUCGCCGGUCAGCUUUUAGUCGCCCAUCGUUGACCGCUCGGUUAGGACCAGGUUCCGCUGGCCGCUCUAUAGCUGCUGGCCAGUAGUGACUGACCAGCCAGGCUACACCGUAAGGAUCAACAUAUCUCGUGUCUCGUCGUGUGUCUGUGUCUUGUGUUUUGGGGCUUGUCGGGCCUACAAACAAGUGUCGUGUGUUUGCGUGUUUUCGAAUCUCUAGUUGUCUAACUAUUUAACCGGAACGGCAUCGAAAUAAGAGAAGUUGUGGCAUAAAUGCGAACGUGGGAUCCAUGAAAACGAAAUUUCCAAUUCUGAUUAACAGUUUACACUCUCCUGCAUCGAUCGUGUUAGGCCAAUCCAAGAGAGCGAGUCGUAAUAGUUCUGAUAAAACAUGAAAAGUGAAUAAUGAAGGCACGGCCAUAAGGUGCACAAUAGAUCGCACAAUGAUCUUACGAUUAAUGUGAAACCAGAGUCAUGCAUUAAGGAAGAAGAAGAAGAAGAAAAGUUACUGUACCGCAUCAGCAUCAGCAACCAGCGACCUAGCGCCGCUAGCAGAUAGUUUAAAUUUGAAUUUUAACCAAACUUUCCGUUAAAGUCAUUUUACAUCCUCGAUGCCAAGACAGGCUGCGACCGCAUUCGGCAUUCCCGUUGCGUGUUCGGGCUGUUUGGGCAUCGCAGGAGAAUAGAAGCAUCGGCCAAAUGUUCCUUCUAGAAUGCAGAUCCAUGCAGUAAUACAACAAAAAAAAAAGGGCGUAGAACUAGAUGCUAAACGUAAACAGUUGCAUGAUUGAAUGAAACGGGGAUGGGAAAUGGGAAGCGGCAACCGAAGAUAAGAUUCCAUAUUAUUCUUAGCGCUAGUUGCGACGUAGUAUCAGCAUGGCUUAUGCACAUUACAUUAGCUCCAGCAGCUCCAGUAUUCACUAAUCGAUAUGUACAUUUAACCAUUGAAUGAACUAUUAGUAGACACUCGUAGGAAAACCUCCUUUCGAGGCAUAUUUAUUGAACAAAAUCAAAUUGAUGAAUGAAAAUGAAAACAACAUAUAAAAUAUCGAAUGAGCAAAUGAGGAGGAAGUUAUGCAUUUACACAUGAAACAUGAUACAACACAUGAUCUCUCAAUCGUAUGAACAAACAUAAAUGAUAAUCCAAUCAUUAACUGUAACUAAAUAACUGUAUAAACAAGUAUUCUACAAUAAAGUAAGAUCACACAUCGAG